GCCUGUUUUUCAUUUAGUUAAAGUCGCUCGUUAGGUUGUUGUGAAGCCUAAAAAUGAAGUAUUUCCUUGCUGCAGUAGCGCUAUGCGCCAUGACUCAAGCCGAUGCUGAGUGGGUACCCAAAACAGCUGAACAGAUCAAGGAAAUUCGUGCUGCAUGCCUAAAGGAGCACGCACUUGACGAUGCGCAAAUAUCAAAGAUGAAGCAAUUGGAAUUUCCUGAUGAACCCAACGUUCGCCAAUAUUUACUAUGCACUGCCACCAAGUUGGGUAUUUUCUGUCCAAGCCAGGGCUAUCAUGCCGAUCGUCUGGCGAAGCAGUUUAAAAUGGAUUUAAGUGAAGAAGAGGCUCUGCAAAUUGCACAAGGUUGCAUCGACAGCAAUGCCGAGCACAGUCCUGCUGAUGUAUGGGCUUUCCGUGGCCACAAGUGCAUGAUGGCCAGCAAGAUUGGAGAUAAGGUCAGGGCGUACAUAAAGGCCAAGGAGGAGGCAGCACUCAAGGCAAAAGUCUAGGAGUAAGCGCAAGAAGAUUGCGGGAAAUAAAUGUAGUCCAACGUUUUUGUGCUUGAACGGAAA